UGUCUUAGACUGCGCAUGCUCAGGAGCAGCGCGGCCAGAGGACGCACUGCGCAAGCGCGCGGCGGGGGUCCGUUAGCGUCCGGAUGGAGACGGAAUUGUUACUUCGGAAGGUGUCGGCUCUGCAGGCCUGUGUCAAGGGCUUCUUGGUUCGACGCCAGUUCCAGAGUCUGCGAGCUGAGUAUGAGGCGGUUGUACAAGAGAUAGAAGGUGACUUGGGCACGCUUCAGUGGACGGCCAGCAGAAUUCCCAGGCCCCUGUUUCUCCCAGAGAAGACAAACUCUCAUCGCUCUUGGAAAGCAGGAGAGAGGAUACCAAGUCCAGAGCAGAAACUGUGGAGUCACUUUCCAUGUAAAGAGUCUCUGAAAGAGGCCCUCUGGGAGGAGAUGGUGCUGAAGAAGUCAGGAGAGAGUUCAUCAAACCCAGGAAGUCUUCCCUGCAGAGAUGACAACCUCUGGCUUCAGGUUGAACCGAGCAGGAAAUCCAGCCAAGAGGAAACCAGAAAUACAUCAAAGAUGGAGAACUCAGAAGCCACAGGUCCAGGACUGUCCCACAGCCAGCAUGAGCUCCAAGAGCUCCAAUAUCACCGCAGCCAUUUGGCCAUGGAACUGCUGUGGAUACAACAGGCCAUCAACAGCCGUAAGGAGUACCUAAUUCUCAAACAAACACUGAAACCCCCAGAAGCAGACCAGACCAGAGAUGAGCCCAGCAUGUGCACAGAUCAUGGGGAACUGGCCUGUGAGAAAGCCUGGUCACAACCAAACCCACUGCUGAAGGACCAGUCCUGCAGAGACAGGACCAUUGGAGAGCUGGACCAUGUCAGUGAUUCCUGCCAAAAAGGCAAAUCACAACCCCUGAGGUCCCCAGAAAGUUUGGCCACUAUAGACAAAAUCACUUCUGGGGCUAAGGGCAGGGAACCAUGCUAUAGGAGGGCUGGAUGUCCACCAUCAUACAGCUAGGAUGGAAGGGACAGGUUCAUCCAAGGAUAAGACCAUAAAGGAUAGACCUUUAAAGGGGCCUGCCUAUAGCAGACAAAAUUCCUAGAGGACCAGACCCUGAGGGGCCUCAAACCUAGGAGCUACUGUUCUGGGAAGGCCAGAACACAGCUGCCCACACCGUGAUGACCCAAAUGUUGAAGACAAGUCUCCCAGAGGUCAAACCACAAAGAACCUGACUACCAAAGAGCAGCCACAAGAUUUGGCCUCUCCAAGGAUCACAUAAUCAUUUGUGAUGGGACCAUGGCAGGGCCAAAGCAUGGUGACCUGGAUCUCAGGAGGAUUCAAAUAUCCAAGGACCAGGGCCCCAAUGGCAGAAGGUCCAGAGUUGGAACCUCCAAUAAGCCUGGUCAUGAAGGCUGGAAAAGCUAGAGGACUGUACUGUGGAGCUCAAGGCCACCUGAGACCCUGUCUUCUACAGGUUUAGACCAGAUAGGAGAGGACCAGUGGAAGGGCAGGCCACGGAAAGCAGGACCACCAAGCUAGACCCUGGGGGGCCAGCAGAGGAACAGGUUCCAAAGAGGUAUGCUAUGACAAGGCUGUGGUGAAAACAGGCCUUCAUCCUGCCCAUCCUGCCCACCCUGCCCACCCUGCCCUCAUCCCCAGCCAUCAGUGGAGCCAAGAGAGACUGGAGGCAUAGUACAGAGGACACCUUUCAUCCUCAACCUGUGGCUCAAUCUAAAUUUCAGGUUAAGGAUUAGUUAUACAGGGAAAGUCCUGUGGGAGUCCUAGAAGAAAAUAAAAGUUUUUCUUGGAUUUUGA